ACCAUUUUCUGUCCUUUAACGGCAGACUUGCAGAAAGGACGAGGACGCCCGCCCCCCUCAAAAAAGUGGAAAGGGAGGGGGCAGUAUUUCCCACAUUCGGGGCUUAAUGAGUGUCAGUUUCUGUGGUGUAUAUCCUGGAACGAGCGGUGCGCGUGUGUGCGCGCUGAGGCAGGGGAAUCUCAGAGCAGGUCCGCGAGCUUGUAACGGUCUGUCAGUGGCGUCUGCAGCGCGAGAGCGAGCUGUCAGCGGCCGGUGGUAUAAUGGCAACCGGAGAAUGUGGCAGAAGGCGGCAAAUGAAACCGUGAGGGAAGAAAAUAUUGCGAAAGUGAGGCAGAGGAUGGUGAGCAGCCAGCCCAAGUAUGAGCUCAUGCAGGAGGUUGGGCGCGGCACCUACGGCGUGGUGUACGAGGCGGCGGUGAAGCGCACCGGCGCCCGCGUGGCGGUGAAGAAGAUCCGCUGCCACUCGCCGGAGAACGUGGAGCUGGCGCUGCGGGAGUUCUGGGCCCUCAGCAGCAUCCAGAGCCAGCACCCCAACGUCAUCCACCUGGAGGAGUGUGUCCUGCAGCGGGACUGCCUGGCACAGAGCAUGAGCCACGGCUCCACCUCCUCCCUCUACCUGGAGCUGGUGGAGACGUCCCUGAAGGGGGAGAUCACCUUUGACCCCCGCUGCGCCUACUACCUGUGGUUCGUCAUGGACUUCUGCGACGGCGGCGACAUGAACGCCUACCUGCUGUCGCGCAAGCCCAGCCGCCGGACCAACACCAGCUUCAUGCUGCAGCUGAGCAGCGCCCUGGCCUUCCUGCACAAGAACCAGAUCAUCCACCGCGACCUCAAGCCCGACAACAUCCUCAUCUCCCAGGGCUGCACGCCCGCCGGCUCGCCCGAGCCCACGCUCAAGGUGGCCGACUUCGGCCUGAGCCGCGUCUGCUCCGCCUCGGGGCUCAACCCCGAGGACCCCGCCAGCGUCAACAAGUGCUUCCUGUCCACUGCCUGCGGGACGGACUUCUACAUGGCGCCCGAGGUGUGGGAGGGGCACUACACCGCCAAGGCGGACAUCUUCGCCCUGGGCGUGAUCAUCUGGGCCAUGGUGGAGCGCAUCACUUUCGUGGACGCGGAGACCCACAAGGAGCUGCUGGGGAGCUAUGUGCUGCAGGGCUCGGAGAUCGUGCCCCUGGGGGAGGCCCUGCUGGAGAACCCCCGCAUGGAGCUGCUGAUCCCGGCCAGGAAGAAGAGCAUGAACGCCAGCAUGAAGCAGCUCAUCAGGGAGAUGCUGUCGGCCAACCCCCAGGAGCGGCCGGACGCCUUCGAGCUGGAGCUGCGGCUGGUCAGAAUCGCCUGCAGAGAGUGGGACUGGGACACGUGACAGUGAGGGAAAGAGACUUUUACGCACCCACACACUUACACACACACACACAC